AUGGACUUGUCUCUAUUCUGUCAAAACAAUCUUCUCUAUACCCAGGAAAACUUAUCCAGAUACCAACCUGGGGGAUACCAUCCAGUCAACCUCGGAGAUACCUUCAAGAAUGGCCGCUACGAAAUCCAUCACAAGUUAGGCUGGGGCGGGUUUUCCACAGUAUGGCUUGCAAAAGACAUAAACCAUAACCAAUGGGUCUCGUUGAAAAUAAUGACGGCAAACUCAUCAGUAUCCUCCGAACUGCAGAAUCUGAAGCUUCUUGAAGAACAGUCCGGUGGAAUUCUUUCUUCCCGUUAUAUUGUCCAGCUCAUUGACCACUUCACCCAUGAUGGCCCUAACGGAGCCCACCAAUGUCUUGUAUUCGAAUUGCUUGGGCCGACUGUCGAUGAAGUCCUUGCAGAUUACUCUAGUGUGCACGAUGAGCUCGAACCGGAGAUCAUUCUGCGAAUGUCUAAGCAGCUUUUGAGAGCUAUCAGGUUUAUUCAUGGUGCCGGCAUGUGCCAUGGGGAUAUCAACGGCCGGAAUAUCGCGUUUAGCUGCACUCAGUUGUCGACCACAACCGAGGAAGGGCUGUUCGAUGUCAUUGGACCUCCGGAAAUUGAGCCGUUGGCCUAUAUUGGUGGCUCACCGCUAGAACACGGAUUGCCGUCACAGCUGAUAAAGGCAGCAGAAUGGGUUAAUUGGAUAGACGAAGAUGACGAAGAUAUCCGCCUCCUUGAUAUUGGGGAGAGCUUUCUUCAAGGGGAGGAGCCGGAAACGUUAGCUCAGCCUGGAUCCUUGCGAGUUCCCGAAACGAUCUUCAUGGAUUCCUUUGAUUACCGCGUCGAUCUAUGGCGUGUAGGUUGCAUGAUUUACUAUUUCUUGUUCAGAAAGUAUCCAUUCUGGUAUCUCGGAGAAGAUGAGGCGCUUGUCUUCCAGAUGAUAGAUCUUGUGGGAAGUCUACCGGCCGAAUGGGAGUCUCAGUGGGAAUCGAUGCAGGCGCAAUCUACCCACGACCUGAAACAGGAAGAACAAGAGUGUGAAAUCCCAAGGCUUGAACGCGAGUUCGCAGAAAGCGUGCACCAUCCAGAUCUCCAACCUCUACUACAAGUGACUCGAGGAUUGAUGCGGUUUUUACCAUCCAGUCGCAUUACCGCGGACGAGGCACUGAACUUGAUCUGCGACACAAGUAAAACAGAAUGA